AUGACUCAGUGUCUCGUGUCCUCUACGACGCUUUCAAUAACGUCUCUUUCAACAGAUAUUUAUCCUCUGAUCGCUUCACUUCGUCCUGACUGGUCUCCACACAAUACUCAUCUACGUCAACUCACUGGUGGUAUCAACAACACCGCAUUUGGUCUCUUCAAUAAUUUAGAUCAAUCAGAUGCUCUUGUUAUUAAAAUAUUUGGAUUACACACAGAAGUAUUUAUUGAUCGUAAUGUGGAACUAAAUGCCAUAUCUAUUCUGUCAAAAUAUGAACUUGCUCAACCUAUUCUGCUUCAAUUUAAUAAUGGAAUUAUUUAUAAAUUUAUUCCAGGUAAAAUCUGUUCAAGAGAUGAUAUUAGAGAUAUAAAUAUUGCUUCAUUUAUCGCUCUUCAAAUGGCUCAAUAUCAUUCAAUCCCUCUUCGAAAUCAUAAGCAAAAACCUUGUUUGAUUCCAUUGAUACGAAAAAUUUUGUCUUUAAUAAGCGAUAGUAAAAAUCCACCAGCAGAAUUCAUUUCUCUUUCAUCCGAUGUCGAUUGGAUAGAAAAAGAUGUAUUAUCUCAACUUAUUCCUGAUCCUCAGUAUGGUAUAGAUUUAGUUUUCUGUCAUAAUGAUCUUGCCUGCACAAAUAUUCUCUACAAUUCAUUAUCUCAAUCAGUUUCAUUUAUUGAUUUUGAAUAUUGUACAGUUAAUUAUGCUCUAUUUGACGUGGCUAAUCAUUUCGUUGAAUAUGCAGGUUAUGAUCAAAUCGAUUUUGAUCGAUAUCCGAAGAAAGAUGAACAGUAUCGUUGGUUAAAAAUUUAUUUUGAAGCACGAAACUUAAAAUUUGAAAAUCAAGAGAAAAUUUACCAUUUGAUCAAUCAAUUUGCUGCUUUAUCUCAUCUUUGUUAUGGUCUUUGGGCGCUUGCUCAAGUUAGUUUCGCAAGAGCUGAUAGCGAUUAUGCAUCUUAUAGUCAACGUCGACUCAAUAGAUAUAGAGAACUAAAAGUAAUUUUAUUCAACAAAUGGUUGCCACAAUGA